CACCGGCAGGUGCAGCUCUCCAUCCGGUUGGGGGGCUUCGGUUGGUGUCGUCUGCGCGUGUCGCGCCGGCUGCUUACCUGAGGUCCGUGGUCGUCACCGUGGGGGAUGUGUGGGAUCGUUUCUGUGAGCAACCUUACAUGCCUAAGUCUGAAGCCUCUCUUCUCCAGCUGGGAUGGCUCGUCUCGGCGGUAUUUGCCCGCAUCGAUUUCUCCGCAUCCCUCCCCUUUAUCGCCAUCCCCCCUAUCGCGCAGCUCAUCGCACGCUCGCAGGCUCGGCUGCAGCAGAAGAUCUCUGAAGCCCUCGCACAGAAGGACUUCAACACCCUCUUCGAGUCCUUCCCGGCUGGUAGCCGUGGUCGAUGCCGCCUUCUCUCCUGCCUGGGGCCUUUGUCGUCUGGCUGGCUGUCGGCCAUCCCCGCAUAUACCCGAGGUGACAAGCGCAAGUGCCUGAACAACUACGCCUACCGCCUCGCCACGGCUCUCACCCUUGGCAUCACUUUCCCCCUCGCCAGCCUCGCAUCGUCAUGCUCGUGCGGAGCGGCCAUCGACGCCUUGGGGGACCACUUCUUUCUCUGCAGCCGCGCGACGGCGGAGCGCGUGUUCAAGCACAACACUCUGCUGGACGUCUUCAAGGCCAUCCUUGUGGAGAUGGGCAUCACGGCUGUCACAGAAGUGCCCCUGCGCUUUCUCGACAUCACCCUUCCAAACGCCCAGCCCAACAGUCAGCGCAUGGACCUCUUCUUCCCCAUCGACGGCGAAAGUGUCCUGUGCGACGUCACGGUGGUCCAUCCGUAUCGGCCCGAGAACUCCACCGCCCACCACACUCAGGUCAACCGCAGGCAUGCACGUCGGCCGGGCGGCGUUGCAGUUGCGGGGGCGGAGCGGGACAAGGACUGCAAGUACGGUGCCAACUGUCGGCAGAAGGGCUACACGUUCGUGCCUCUAGCGGCGGAGACGUUCGGCCGUUGGGGUGGAGAGACCCUCACCCUGCUUCGCCGCCUGGCACGACGCCGCGUCGCCCCACCCGCCAGCUCUGCAGAAGAUCGUGCGUUUUUUCAUGAGGGUGUCAUGAACCAUUGGGGGCAGUUUUUGUCGGUAGCGCUGAUGUGUUGGAAUGCUUUUCAAGUGUCCUGCCGCACACACUAUGCGGCCGAUGCUCGGACACAGCAAUGGGCAGGUCUGUUUUCUGAGGACCUCGUCUCUCGAGGGCCCUACAGGGCGCAAACCCGCACGUUUGCAUGCCAGGACCGGCCGUGAGGGAUUUGUUUGGGAACGUGAUGUUAAGGGUUGGGUUUGGGCUGCAUGGUGGUUUGAUGGUGCGUGCGCUAGUCGCUUAUGUGAUUGCGUUUGAUAGGCUGUUCGGUUUGUAUCGGACUGCUGCUGCCAAUGUGCGAGUACAUUGCCGACUAUAGAUCAGAUGUGCUGGUCGCCGAUGCUUCUGUGAAAGCGAAUUCGACAG